AUGGUAUUCCGCUCCCCCCUAGACCUCUAUUCCUCCCACUUCUUGUUGCCAAACUUCGCCGAUCCUCAUCACCGCUCCCUACUUCUGGCGAGUAGCGGCGGCGGGAACGGUGCGGGCGGCGGCGGCGCGGGCGGCGGCGGCGGCGGCGGCGGCGGCGGCGGGAACUGUGCGGGAGGCGGCGGUGCUGGCGGAGCAGGCGGCGGCGGCAGCGGCGGCGGCUCCAGGGCCCCCCCGGAAGAGUUGUCCAUGUUCCAGCUGCCCACCCUCAACUUCUCGCCGGAGCAGGUGGCCAGCGUCUGCGAGACGCUGGAGGAGACGGGCGACAUCGAGCGGCUGGGCCGCUUCCUCUGGUCGCUGCCCGUGGCCCCCGGGGCGUGCGAGGCCAUCAACAAGCACGAGUCGAUCCUGCGCGCGCGCGCCGUGGUCGCCUUCCACACGGGCAACUUCCGCGACCUCUACCACAUCCUGGAGAACCACAAGUUCACCAAGGAGUCCCACGGCAAGCUGCAGGCUAUGUGGCUCGAGGCGCACUACCAGGAGGCCGAGAAGCUGCGCGGCCGCCCGCUUGGCCCGGUGGACAAGUACCGCGUGCGCAAGAAGUUCCCGCUGCCGCGCACCAUCUGGGACGGCGAGCAGAAGACGCAUUGCUUCAAGGAGCGGACUCGGAGCCUGCUGCGGGAGUGGUACCUGCAGGACCCCUACCCCAACCCCAGCAAGAAACGCGAACUGGCGCAGGCCACCGGCCUCACUCCCACACAAGUAGGCAACUGGUUUAAGAACCGGAGGCAGCGCGACCGCGCCGCGGCGGCCAAGAACAGGCUUCAACACCAGGCCAUCGGGCCGAGCGGCAUGCGUUCGCUGGCCGAGCCCGGCUGUCCCACGCACGGCUCCGCAGAGUCGCCGUCCACGGCAGCCAGCCCCACCACCAGCGUGUCCAGCCUGACGGAGCGCGCGGACACCGGCACCUCCAUCCUCUCGGUAACCUCCAGCGACUCGGAAUGUGAUGUAUGAUAGCCAAGGCCGCCCUCCUCCCCCUCCCCCUCCUUCCCCUCCUCCUCCUCACCCUCCUCCUCUUCCUCUUCUUCC